AUGUCCACUUCCUACCGUCGACCCUCCGACAUGGUGGUGGCCGUGUUUGUGCUGAUUUCAGUGUUGCUGUUGGCAGCCUCUGCUUCCACUGAAGAUGAAAAACCGGGCCACAUUCGCCAGCACAUCGAUCCUUCUCCUUUUGAGCAAGACGACUUUGAUCCCAACGUGACCGAGUAUGCGUUUGAUGCCGUCGUGGACCAUUUUAAUUAUCGUCCUACUCUGGAAGCUACGUUUGCGUUGCGCUACUUUGUGAACGAUCAGUACUAUGCCAACCGUAGCAGUCCGGUACUGUUCUACGCCGGCAAUGAAGCCGAUAUUCUCCAAUUUGUCAAGAAUAGUGGAUUUCUAUGGGAAGCCGCGCAACAACUGGGAGCGCUGAUUGUCUUUGCCGAGCAUCGGUACUAUGGCGAGUCGUUUCCAUUGAGUGGUAAUGGCAACAAUAAAAAGAACUACACGGCAUCAUUGUCGCCCCAGAACAUUUCUUAUUUGACCGUCGAACAGGCCAUGGCGGACUACAAUACACUUCUGCAGCAUAUUCGAAGUAAAUGGAACAUGACACGCGAUGCAGCCUUUAUCGUCACGGGGGGUUCGUACGGUGGAAAUUUGGCACUGUGGUUGCGCCUCAAAAAUCCCAAUCUGUGGGCGGGUGCGCUUGCGAGUUCGGCCACUCCUCUCAAACACUUGUUGCGAGACUCCAAUGCGUUCAAUCGCAUUGUCGCGGAUGUCUAUGGCAAUGUUUCCACAAAAUGCCCCGAAAUGAUCCGAUCGGGAUGGAAGGAGCUGCAAGAAAAAUCGACAAGCGAUCAGGGUCGAAGCGACAUUCAACAAGAAAUGAAAUUGUGUUCUGUGCCCAACGAUAAUCCGGAUCGAAUUGUGGACACGAUUCACGGAUAUGUCGCGGGAGCUUUGGAAACCAUGGUGCAAUAUGGGUACCCGUAUCCAACUCAAUUCUACAAUCCCGUGCCGGGCUAUCCCUUCAAGGUAGCGUGUGAGAACAUGUUACAGCAGUCUACGGGAGUGGGAGCCCUGAAAGCUGCGGCGCAAGUCUACUACAAUACCAGCGGGCAAGCCGGUCCGUGUUUUGAUUGGUUUCCGUCGUCGUCACAAGACAACAACAAUGAUCAAAACCACGCAAACCAAUUGCCACCGCCAUUAUCAUUUUGGAAUCGAAUCGGUCAAUUGGACCGUGCUAUUGCUACUACUACUCCUGUUGGUACUACUACUAACGUCGCAGACGACUACACUGGCAUUGCCUGGGGAUACCAGUGCUGUACCGAAGUGUACCAACCAAUGCCCACCAAUGGAAUUACAGACUUUGAACUGCCCUACACACCCAACCAGAAAGCCUACUUUGAACAGUGUCAACGUCGGUGGGAUGGAGUCACACCGCGUCCCAACUGGGAAGAAAUGACUUUUUGGAGUGACAAUAUUGCCGCUGGAAGUAACAUUUUUCUAUCCAGUGGACAAUUGGAUCCUUGGAGGGCGGCGGGAAUUCAGUCGUUACCGACAGGAAUAGCCGACGAACAGAGCAUUAUCGUUCGCAUUAUUGAACACGGGGCGCAUCAUCUCGACUUGAGAGUAUCGCAUCCCUUGGAUCCACCCUCGGUGAUACAAGUACGGAAAGAAGAAUUGCAAGCCAUGCGACAAUGGAUCCGGCAAUGGCAGGAACUGUAUCCGGCAUCCAUGUCGUCCAAGUCGUCAUCAUCAGCUAGCUUUCUAAGGCAUAGCUAG